CACAGGGGGUCAUGACUAGGAGUCUCGAUGGAGGAGAUAGCAGCGAGUCAUGGACCUACUGAACUCGAUCCUCCAUGCCUCUGUGCUUUCUUAUUUCAGCUCUGGAUCAAUCGAAUCACAGCUGCUUCCCAGGAGCAUGGCCUGAAGUACCCAGCUUUGGUUGGCAAUUUAGUUAAGUGCCAGGUGGAGCUCAACAGGAAAGUGCUUGCCGACCUGGCCAUCUACGAGCCAAAGACUUUUAAGUCUUUGGCGGCUUUGGCCAAAAGGAGGCGAGAAGAGGGAUUUGCUGCUGCUCUGGGAGACGGGAAGGAGCCGGAAGGCGUGUUCUCCCGAGUGACGCACUACCGCUGAGCACCCCCCACCACGCACAUUGACCUUCCUGCCUUGGCAGUGUGACCUCCAAGAUGUUUGUGCCAAUGGUCACAGACCCUGAAAUAGCGAGAGGAAUGGACACAAUUGCGUACAGACCUCUGGAAGCAAAGGGUCCCGCCUCCUCCUAGUGGGAGAGCUCCACAGGCUGGUUAGAUACAGAUCCUGAAAAUAAAGCUGGUUUGCUGUU